GCAUAUCGAUGUGUAAUGCAGUGAAAUAUACCGUUGUUAAAUCCCCAACACCACUCCUACAAGAAAGGUGAUAAAAGAGAUGGCAAUAAUUAUUGACGUAUUUCAAUGCUGACAUUAUUUACCAAAAUGUAGUAAUGAAGUAAUAUUUCAUCAGAAGAGUUGCUCUACUGAGAAUGCCAUUUACACUUUCACUUACCAACAGGAUGUUGUUUUCUGUGCCAUAAAUUUUGAAAUAAUUGGGUGAUGCAAAACUUGGUGGAUAUGUGUGCAUUUGAUAACAAAGGCACUGGUUGCUGCAAUUCUGUCCGCAUGAAGUUAUGACAGACAUUUUUUUCAUUAACACUUUAUGGAAAAAAACACCCUUUUGUUGAAAGUGAUACCAUGGCAGGAAAGCUGUGUUGAUGCAGAUGCUGGUGUGUUUGGAAUAUAUCUGACCUGCAGUGGAGUGCUGCAUCUCUGCAUCAUUGUGAUGCUUAACAAAUUGCUUGGUUAUAGAAGUGUGCUGUUUGUGUUUAUCUCAUAAUGGCCCACGUGUCUGAAAAUCACAAGUGCUGAGUAGCUAUUACGUCAUCGACAUUCAUAUUAAAAACCAGACUAUGUCAAGGCAGCUGAGUUGCAAUUUCUGUUGAGCAACUUAGCGUUGUUUAAACUUUCUUCUUUAUCUCAUGUGUUACUUUUGUCCAUGGAAUUUUAUGACCUUUCGUCAAAUUUCUAUUGUGCUAUCAUUCAUUUUUUGUGCAGAGCCAUAAUCUCAUGGUAUUUGAUUUAUGACAAAUUAUAGUUCUUAAAGUUAUAAUUUAUUUAUUGUGGCCCCUGUUCUUAAAUAAGUCCUCACCAAAUUUAGAUUUACUGCUCUCCGGAAAAUAUUUUUCAUUCUGUUUAAUUGAUCUGCACCUUUAUGGAGUGUUCACUAACUUCACUGUUGGUUUUGAAUAGGGUGUAUGAUGUUAUUUCCAUGGUUACAAUAUUGAGUCAAAUUUAUUAAGAACUCGGCAAUAAGAGCCAACUUACCAGUAAGACGUUGCAACCAUUCUAGCCUGGAUAUUGCACCAAACUGGUUUGGGAAUGUAUCACACAGCAGUUGUAUCCUCUUCUGAGGCAAGCUGUACUAUGUCCAUUAUAACUGAUUCUCAGCAUCUUGGACACUGGCACUGGGAUGGAGUUAGCAUAAGAGUGGGUCCCAUAGAUGAUCUGUAGGGGACAGGUCUUGGGAUCUUGCUGGCCACGCAAAAGGUUCAGAGAGAUGCUUGCCAUGUGUGAACAAGCAGUGUCCUGUUGCAAAUUAGCACCAAAAUACUGUCACAUUAGAAGUAACACAUGAGCAUGUAAUAUGUGUGUGACAUAUCACUGUGUCAUCACGGUUCCCUUAGUUGCUUAACAGCAAUGAACUGAAUUUUUUCUCGAUGGCUCCCCAUACUAUGACCCAGGAGUAACACUGCUGUGUCUCUCCAAAACACUGGAAGAAUGAGACGUCUCCCCAUGUCACCAAUGUACCUUCCAAUUAAUGUCAUCCGGCACACUACUAAACCUCUGUUCAUCGCUGAACACAAUGCAGUGUCAUUUGUCAGCAGUCCAUGCUUCACAAUCACAGCACCACUUCAGACACAGCUGUUUGUAUUGUUGUGUUAAUAGCAGCAUAUGCAUGGGAUGGGAAUUCCCUUGUUCAGAUGCUGCAAGUAUCCAACCAAUGGUGCAGGAUGACACAGAAUGUUGCGAGAAGUCCGUUACUUGUUCUUGAAUGGCAGGCCCAGAUGUGAAAGAGCUACAAUGUUCUUGAUGCAUGGUAUGGUGAUCUUCCCUUGUGAUUGUCCGACAUGUUUCACUGAAACCAUGACUAUGAGCACACGUGCUGUCACAUUCUCAAAUGGUCUAACAUCAGAUCUGAAUGCCGCACAAAUUGGGAUAUUGCCUGACUGGUCAGCUGGCCAAAUUGAAACCCACAAUGAGGCCCCUUUCAAACUUUGUCAACUGCUGAUAACAUUGUCUCACAUGAGUUUGCAAUGUCUUCGUGUAAUUCAUGUUGCUUACUCAACAUUUGACAUUGCUCAUGCCCCUUAUAUACCCUUCUCUGAGGAGAGAGAAACAACUAUAUGAAUAUCGAGCUCAGAUGGAUAACCAGUUCCAAGCAAAAAAAGGGAAAAGCUGAAAGAUGGAAGCAGUAUAAAGAGGAUGUAUACAAGGGAAAUGAACUUGAAAGCAAUAUUACAGAAAUGGAAGAGGACAGUCAUGAAGAUGAGAUUGGGGAUAUUGUAUUGUGGGAAGAAUUUGACAGAACGCUAGAAGACAUAAGUCAAAAUAAGGCCCAGGGGGUAGACGACAUUCUGUCAGAAAUGCUGAUAGCCUUGGGAAAGCCAGCCAUGACAGAAUUCUGCCAUCUGGUAUGCAACAUUAUGCGACUGGCAAAAUACCCCAGACUUCAGAAGAGUGGAAAAACUGCUAUAAGCUGCCCUUGGGGAAUAUCAGUUUUGAUUCCGGAAAAGUGUAGGAGCACUUGAGGCACUGCUGACCCUAUGACUUCUCUUAGAAGGAUGUCUGUUUUACUGCGACAGUCAUUGUCCCGCUUAACUCCGUUGUCAGCUGUGAGCUGUACGCACCUUCAGCAGCUGCACUCUCAGCAGCCAAGUGUGGACCUGUGCACACUCACUAAAACCUCUGCAGAACAGCAAGGUCGUCUUCCAGUGGUACCUGUUUUCAGGCAAGCACUGUCUUUCCCUGCUGAAUCAAUCGCUGUGAGGGAUGCCUACGGAGAGUACACAUACCGUGGAUUAUUCCUCAGUAGCCGACAGUUAGCUGAUCAGCUUACAGACUCAUUUGCCGGAAGACAUGGUGAACGAGUUGCAUUCCUGGCUGGCAAUGAAGCAACUUAUCUGAUUAUUCAGUGGGCAUGUUGGAUGAGUGGUCAAACAGCUGUUCCUCUGAGCAGUGUGCACCCUCCACAACUGUUGGAAUACUUCAUCUCUGACAGUGAUGCAGGAGUAGUUGUUGCAACAACUGAACAUGCUGAUACUCUACGGAAAGCCGCUGGAGACAAGCGCAAAUUUAUUGUCCUUGACUCGACACUACGCACUCUUUCAUCCAGGAAAGCAGAUCAGUUGGGAAGUGAGAAUGUAACCUUACCUGAGGAAGCCCAUGAACUUAAAGGAGGUGGACAAGAACCAGAGUUUUAUGAUGACAAUGAUGCACUUUUCAUCUACACGUCUGGAACAACAGGACCUCCUAAAGGAGUUGUGUUGACUUACCGCAACCUGGAUGCACAGGCACAGUCACUAAUAAAGGCAUGGGAGUGGUCAUCUAAAGACAGCAUUCUGCAUACGCUACCUUUACAUCACAUUCAUGGUGUUGUCAAUGCCCUGCUUUGCCCACUCCUCGUUGGUGCCAGAGUUGUUAUGCUACCAAAAUUUGAUGCUCCAACUGUAUGGGCGAAGCUUCUGGCAUUAAAUACAGUGGCUGCAGAAAGAGUCAACAUUUUCAUGGGUGUGCCAACUAUGUAUGUCAAGCUAAUUCAGGAGUAUGACCAUGCAUUUGGAAAUAAUGAACGCAUGAAAGAGUACAUUCAUUCUGUUUGCUCCCAAAAGAUAAGGUUAAUGGUGAGUGGUUCAGCACCAUUGCCAGCACCUAUAAUGGAACGUUGGGAAGAAAUAACUGGCCAUCGUCUUCUGGAACGAUAUGGAAUGAGUGAGACAGGCAUGAUCCUAUCAAACCCCCUUCAUGGAGAAAGAAAGCCUGGAUCUGUUGGACACCCACUUCCUGGUGUCACUGUACGACUAAGUGAUAGUGGUGAAGUGCAGGUGAAAGGGGACAAUGUUUUUUCCAGAUACUGGAACAGGCCACAAGCCACAGCAAAAGAAUUCACAGAGGAUGGAUGGUUCAAGACAGGUGACACAGCUGUCGUAGAGGAUGGCUACUACAGACUGCUCGGUCGGACAUCAGUUGAUGUCAUUAAGACUGGUGGAUAUAAGGUGGGUGCGGUUGACAUAGAAGCCAAGCUGUUGGCGCAUCCAGCAUUGGCAGAUGUUGCUGUACUUGGUGUUGAAGACCCCACCUGGGGACAAAGGGUUGUUGCUGUAGUGGUCCCAGAAGAAAAUAAGACUGUACCAACAUUAGCAGAGCUACGUGAGUGGGCAAAAGGACAUAUGGCACCUUAUGCUAUUCCUACCCAAUUAAAAGUUAUAGAACAGCUGCCACGCAAUGCCAUGGGCAAGGUCAAUAAGAAAGAUCUUAUCAAGCAGCUGUUUCCUUCCAAAAGUACUGGAACAGCAGCGGCUGCUAAAUAGGAAUAUAUGACAGUAAAAAUAUUGUCUGCUGAAACAAUGCACACAGAAGACUGAAAUGUUGAAGAAGUACAUAGGAAUUACAAAUUAGCAAAAAAGUGUUUUUGGGAAGUGUACAGUAGUCUUUAAAUAAAACCUUUGAAGUAAGAAAAUCGAAAUAUUUUGAAGGAAGCUUAUAUAUGAUAGCGACAAAAACACAUGGAAUUAAAAGUUUACUAAAGAUGCAUUUCAUCAUAUUGGUGUGCCUUUCAGAAAAUUAUUUUUAUGAGCUGUUGGAAGACAUACAAAUAUAUAGACCAUUAUGCCAGUUUGUUGAAAAAUUCAAAUUACAUCAUUGUUACACAGGUACAGACAGGUUCUAAUCAAAAAAAUUAGAGGUUAUGAUACUGUCAUUUUGUGAAUUUAUUUAUUCGUACAUGUGCUUUCUGGUAUGCCAGAAAGUCUUGUUUAUGGUGAAAUUUGAUCAGUUUUGUUGGUAACUGAUUAAUUGUAUGUUUUUUAUGCAGUUUGCUAGGGCCAAAGUAUCAGUGGUGUACAAGACGAAUGAAGCUAUGCUGCACAUAACUUUAACAAGAUUCAAAAUUUUGCUGUACUGAAGGAAUUUAACAUAAAUUAAUACUGCUCAGGGAAAGUAGAGAUUAAAGUAGAAAAGUAGGUUGUUGUUACUUUGAGAUUGCUUUAACAAUUUUCUAAUGUUUAUUUAUUAUGGUACCAUGAUUUAAUAUGUCACUGUAGUCUUAAUUAAUGGCUUUAAAAAUGUUAUAAUUCCAUAUUUUAAAGACUGAAAAUAUGUAAGCAUUGGAUGUGAGAUGUGAAUACAUAAGCUUGAAGGAAACGGUGUCUCAUAGUGAUUUUUAUGGAACAUCAUUGUGUAUGUUUUGUGGUGUGGCUAAUUUCCUAAUGUAGCAUUUUUUCCCCCAAUGUUAAACUUCCUUUUCUUCUUUCUACUUUUUUUCAUCAACAUUCAUUAAUUGUUGGUCAUAUUAGUGCAAGUAAUACAGUAUGUGGGGGAUAUUAUUACUUACUAUAGGUGGUAUUCAUUUGUUCCAGUUCAUUACUAUUAAUAUUAGCACUUUAAUUAUAAUAAAUGGAAGCCAUUAGUGGGAUAUAAAUUAUGUUUUGGAGAGCAGACUAAAACAUACCUAUAAGAUUAAAGUUUUGAGAAGUAGAGAGAAAUGUGUAGGAUGAAAAAAAAACACACACACACAUUUUUGUGGGACAAUCUAGCACUUUGUACUUAACCUUAAAGGUGGGUUUAUUAAUUGUUAAUUAUCCAAUUAUCUAUUAUUUACAUCCAUCUACUGCCCAUUUUAAUGUGCUUUACAUAUUUUAUUGUGUUAAAAAUCAUUUAUGUUAACUUAUUCUGCCAAAAUAAACAUUGCACUUUUGAAAAAUGCUCCAAUGUAGCAGACAGUUUUUCCAUGUGUGUUCUGUUUUCUUUCAUAUCACAACUUAUAUUGGAUUUUAAAUUAUGAGCUUCAAAUGUCUUACAAAGACAUAUGUAGUGUGCUCUGUGUACAUAGGAUUUUGCACAGUACUCUGACACAAAACAGAGAUAAAGUAACUGUCGUCGUCUGGUGAAAGUGGAUUCUUGUUGACUUUUCCCAGUGUAAAGCGCUAAUAAGAAAAUUAUAAGUCAACAUUCCAUUCUGGUUAGAAUAAUUUGUUUGUGUGCAGUUUCUUAUAUGUCUUUUCUAUCAAGUUGUCUCCAUGACAUCUAUGUCUUCCCAUGACUUUUCCCAGAACUUGAAAGGUACUUCUCAUUUGCUGUUUUUUGGUGCUCUAAAUUAGAAUGAGAGUUUCCUUUGUAGAUGUCGAGCACCUUUGAAUAUUCUUGUUUACAUACAUUAUGGCAUCUUAACAUCCAGAAGCUUCCAUCAAAUAUAUCAGAACCUUAAAAGUAAUUUUAUCUAUAUUGCAGGAACUUUUAGGCUGAAAAUUGGCUCUUGAGAAGGGCUUGUCCCCCUCCCCCCCAUAAAAGAUUUUAUUUUUACGAAAUUGAUAAGGAGCAUUAUUCAAAACAGUGUGUGUAAGUCUUCAAGUAAUGAGUGUCUGUAUUCUUGGUUCCUGCAUGUCCUGUCACAUUCUGGAUCCUACAUGUCUGACACAUUGUUUGUAAUAUUCCAAUAUUUUUAAUGCUUUUCUUCUUAUUCCCCAGGUGUUUGUCUGAACCACUCAUCAUUAAAAAAUAAAAAUAAAAUAAAAAUUGAACUUUCCUAUAUUGAAGCUAGUUGAAUCAUACUGUCAGGGAAACAGUGACCAAUACAAUACUGAAAAAAUAUAUGUUUUAGUCUAAAGGCACAAUUUAUUUAUUUUGCCUAGUGACUAACAGUACCAUUCUCAGGCCAUCUCCUAGGAUGCAGUCGUCACAUUCACUUCCCAAGUGGGUGUGUCAGUUACUUAUUUGACACACCUAACUGGAAAGCGAGCAUGAUGAUUGCGUGUCAGGGGCUGACCUGAGGAUGGUACUGUGUACUGAAAUGGGUUGCCAGCAGGCAAAAUGAAUAAAUAAUUUGUCAUUAUAGACUAAAACAUAUGUUCUUCUUAGUACAUCCUUUAUCUAUCAACACAUUUUAUUUCAAUAUUGUAAAAGCAGUAUUGUAAUAUCCUGCCACAGAGAAAAGUAUGCAUUUAUUUGUUUGUAUGCAAGUAAUGUGUACACACAGCCUCUAAGAGUGGAAUUAACAAACUGGUCAAAAUAAUUUACCAACAGAUAUGUUUGAUGCAUUCUGUGCAAUACUCUUACAUAAUUGUUAGUUGAAACGUAACUCAUAGUGAUAACAACCAACUGAAGUAAAUCACCACAAAAAUUUAUUUCUUGUGGAAUAUGGUCAUAAUUUCUAUGUGUGACUUAAAAUUUUUGUUGAUAUAAAUUGUACUUAAGAAAAAUAACUCCUGCCCCUGUGAGCAAAAAACAUUUGGAACCAUGGAGACAGAUUGUUUGCAAAUAGUUUGUCUACAAAGUCAAUACCCUCUAAUUUUAUGGAAUUGUAGAUGUAUAUUAUAUUGAGUACACUAAAAUAAAUCGGGCCUCUUAGAUACUGAAUUGGCCAAUUACUUUUUGCAAUGGCAAAAAGAGAAAUUGAUUGUUGUCAAGACUGGACAACUCAGGUGUAAUAAGUUGCAAUUGAAGUGUGAACCACUGUGUUUACAUAAGCAUGCUAGUUUGAUAUUCUGUUCUGUGCUGUGAUAUGUUAAGUAACAGGGGGGAAAAGGAAUGAUCAGAAUGGAUGCUAAUACUUCUGCCCUACAUUUGUUCUAGCAGCUAUGUACAGAGUUGCUCUUAAUAGUGUUGCCAAAGGAAAUGGGUAUGCCUUAGCAAACAUUAAUGAUUUUUCAGCCUUAUGGGCCGUGUGUACACACAAUUCAUAGUUGCUGAAGUAUUGCUGCCUGUGAACUUACGGCAGUUGACUGAAUCCAGAAGACAACUAUGGCUUUAGUUCCCUCCAGUACUGACUUCAUGUGACAUGAGUUAUAGAUAAUUAUUCAUAUUUCUUGAUUCACCUUUACUGAGACUUUAUUUUAUAUAAUAGAAAUAUGAUUUCUGAAUGUUGCUUGAAAAUCCAUUGGGUAAUUCAGUAUGAAAGUUCUAUAAUAUUUUAUGCAUAAAAAAGACAGUAACUCAAUGUUAGUAAUCAAAAUCUGCAGUAAAUUUGACAGAAUUUUGAUUUGAUGUUGAAUGGAAUAAAAUUGAAAUGUACUGCAUGUUUUUAGAAAUAAACUGGCACCUGUUCAAAGUUUUA